AUGUCAUCAUGUGGCAUAAUGUCUUGUACCAUGAUAUUUCUUUCCCUCAUCAUUGCUAUAGUUGUUCUGGUUGGAAAUGCCAUAGUGAUAUGGCUCCUGGGCUUCCAGAUGUGCAGGAAUGCCUUCUCUAUCUACAUCCUCAACCUGGCUGGUGCUGACUUUCUCUUCAUUGGGUUUCAAAUUGGAUAUUGUUUUUAUAUUAUCUUUGACAUCUACACCAUCCCGAUUAAAUUGCCUCUGUUUUUCAUUGUUAUGUUAAACUUUGCUUAUCUUUGUGGCCUGAGCAUUCUCAGUGCUGUUAGUAUUGAACGCUGCCUGUGUGUCAUGAGGCCAUUCUGGUAUCGCUGCCAACUUCCAAGGCAUACAUCAGCUGUCAUAUGUACCAUGCUUUGGGUCUUGUCCCUAGUGUUGAGCCUUUCAGAAGGAAAAGAAUGUGGCUUCCUACCUGGCACUAACAUCUCUGAUUGGUGUAAGACAAUUGAUUUAAUCAUUACUUCAUGGCUAAUUGUUUUAUUUGUGGUUCUCUUGGUGUCCAGUUUGGCCUUGGUGAUUACUAUCUUCUGUGGCUUAUACAGGAUUCCUGUGACCAGGCUGUAUGUGGUCAUUGUGUUCACAGUGUUGUUCUUCCUGCUCUUUGGUCUGCCCUAUGGGAUUUAUUUGUUCCUCUUAGUGUGGGCUGAGACAUUUUAUUAUGUUUUUCCUUGUGGUUUUCUUCCAGUGACAAUAUUUCUAUCCUGUAUUAACAGCUGUGCCAACCCCAUCAUUUACUUCCUCGUAGGCUCCGUUAGGCAUCAUCGGUUUCAACGGAAGUCUCUCAAGCUACUUCUGCAGCAGGCCAGGCAAGACACUCCUGAGACAGAAGAAUAUGUAGAAAUGGGCUCCUUAGGAAGAUCUAGAGAAGUAAACAGUCUGCAAGGGACUGAGAGCUGCUUUGACCAGGCAUAA